CCUCAUCAUUCUCCACUGUCGGAGAAGGAAAGUAUGACAGCGAACAGCCUUCAAACCAAAGUCAUCCGCACUACUCCACUUCUCUGCUGUCAUCAUGUCUGAGAAAGAGCUCGGCCAGAAAUGGGAUCGUUGUCUCGCAGACUGCGCUAUUAAAGUCGGUACUGGUCUGGGUCUAGGAAUUGUGUUCUCUGUUGUAUUCUUCAAGCGCCGGACGUCGCCCAUUGCACUUGGGACAGGGAUGGGGCUUGGCAUGGCUUAUUCCAACUGCCAGAAUGACUUGAGAUCACAUUAUCAGCUGCACAGAAGCGUUGCUAAGGAGCAGUAAAGUCAGCUCAGUCAUGGAUCUGCCUUGCUUUAUUUUUUUUUUUGAAGCCUGACACAGUCAGACUGGUUGUCUGUGGCUCUCAAUAAUAUCCAUGUUCAUGUACAGGACACACUGUUUAUUUAAUAAAAUGUGGAGAUUUGACGUUUGCAAA